UAAUUAAAACAAAAAUAUUACAAACCAGAAACAAAAAGUCCAGCGCGAAGAUAAGAGUGUCACUCGACCGGACAAAUUAUCAAUCAAAUGGCAGCGACGGCGUAUGCGGCGGCCACUGCUGUGUUGACUCCACGUGUCCACGCAUCCUCCUCCGUCAAAUCUCCUUGCUUCUCUGCUCUUCCUUAUCUUCCUCCUCGUUUGUCUAUCUCAUCUUUCUCUUCUUCCAUUACACAAGUCUCAGGCAAUUCCCUUGAAAAUUUGUUAUCUUUGUACUACCGAUACGUUUUUGCCUCCCAAAUAGGGUCCCGAAGGUUUUCUUCCCUCCAGACCAGAGCAUCUUCAGAAGAGAGUCCAGUUGAUGCUGGUGAACUAUUUACAGACUUGAAGGAAAAGUGGGAUGCCGUUGAAAACAAGUCCACAGUAAUUCUUUAUGGAGGUGGGGCGAUUGUUGCUGUAUGGCUAUCAUCAAUUGUUGUUAGUGCCAUCAAUUCAAUCCCAUUGCUUCCUAAGAUCAUGGAGUUAGUUGGGCUUGGUUAUACUGGAUGGUUUGUAUACAGAUACCUUCUCUUUAAGUCUAGCAGAAAAGAACUGGCCACGGAUAUUGAAGCAUUGAAGAAGAAGAUUGCUGGAACCGAAUAGAUAUUUCAUAUGGGCGGCGGUUUAUAUUUGUUCCCAAUCAUUGUUUAUUUUAGCCCUCUAUUCCAAUGUAUAAGAGGCAUUUGUAUCCUGUAAUUUAGAGUAGGCUCUGAACGGAUACCUUUCAUGGUCGUAUGUCUCAAUUUCUUCAUGUAAUAAAACACGUCAAUUUAGAGUGUA